GUGCAUUCCUGAUUCCCUAUGUGGUAUUUUUUAUUUGCUGUGGAAUUCCUGUUUUUUUCCUGGAAACGGCUCUGGGGCAAUUCACAAGUGAAGGUGGCAUCACCUGUUGGAGGAAAGUCUGUCCUUUGUUUGAAGGCAUCGGCUAUGCCACGCAGGUGAUCGAGGCCCAUCUAAACGUCUACUACAUCAUCAUCCUGGCCUGGGCCAUUUUCUACCUGAGCAACUGCUUCACCACCGAGCUCCCCUGGGCCACCUGUGGGCAUGAGUGGAACACAGAGCAUUGUGUGGAGUUCCAGAAACUGAAUGCGAGCAACUACAGCCAUGUGUCCCUGCAGAAUGCCACCUCCCCCGUCAUGGAGUUUUGGGAACACCGGGUCCUGGCCAUUUCCGAUGGGAUCGAGCACAUCGGGAACCUCCGCUGGGAGCUGGCCUUGUGUCUCCUGGCAGCCUGGACCAUCUGCUACUUCUGUAUCUGGAAGGGGACCAAGUCCACAGGAAAGGUUGUAUACGUCACUGCCACCUUCCCCUACAUCAUGCUUCUGAUCCUCCUGAUCCGAGGGGUCACGCUGCCCGGGGCUGCAGAAGGCAUCAAGUUCUACCUGUACCCCGACCUCUCCCGGCUCUCCGACCCACAGGUCUGGGUAGACGCUGGGACACAGAUCUUUUUCUCCUAUGCCAUCUGCCUGGGCUGUCUGACCGCGCUGGGAAGUUACAACAAUUAUAACAACAACUGCUACAGGGACUGCAUCAUGCUCUGUUGCCUGAACAGCGGCACCAGCUUCGUGGCCGGGUUCGCCAUCUUCUCGGUCCUGGGCUUCAUGGCGUACGAGCAGGGGGUGCCCAUUGCAGAGGUGGCAGAGUCGGGCCCUGGCCUGGCCUUCAUCGCCUACCCCAAGGCUGUCACCAUGAUGCCUCUGUCCCCACUGUGGGCCACCCUGUUCUUCAUGAUGCUCAUCUUCCUGGGCCUGGACAGCCAGUUCGUGUGUGUAGAGAGCCUCGUGACCGCCGUGGUGGACAUGUACCCCAAGGUCUUCCGGAGGGGCUACCGGCGUGAGCUGCUCAUCCUUGCCUUGUCAGUCGUCUCCUACUUUCUGGGCCUGGUGAUGUUAACCGAGGGCGGCAUGUACAUCUUCCAGCUCUUCGACUCCUACGCCGCCAGUGGAAUGUGCCUACUCUUCGUGGCCAUCUUCGAAUGCAUCUGCAUCGGCUGGGUGUAUGGAAGCAACCGGUUCUAUGAUAACAUCGAAGACAUGAUUGGCUACCGGCCAUUGUCACUCAUCAAGUGGUGCUGGAAGGUCGUGACCCCUGGGAUCUGCGCGGGCAUCUUCAUCUUCUUCCUGGUCAAGUACAAGCCGCUCAAGUACAACAACACCUACACCUACCCGGCCUGGGGCUACGGCAUCGGCUGGCUCAUGGCGCUGUCCUCCAUGCUCUGCGUCCCCCUCUGGGUCUUCAUCAAGUUGUGGAAGACGGAGGGGACGCUGCCUGAGAAACUCCAGAAGCUGACAAGCCCCAGCGCCGACCUGAAAAUGCGGGGCAAGCUUGGGGCGGACCCACGGACGGUGACAGUUAAUGACUGUGAAGCCAAACUCAAGGCCGACGGGACCAUCUCCGCCAUCACAGAGAAGGAGACGCAUUUCUGAGUGCCCGCCCGCCGGCCGCCUGGGGUCCCCCCUCCCCGCCCUCCUCCCCUGUGUGUGUAAAUGAAUCCCUGAACACGUACUUCGCCUAAUGGUAGGGGCUUGCUCGUUUUGCACAGAAUGUAUUAACAAGUUAAUUUUCCGGGGGCCACCGUCCACUCGGGUUUCAGGUCAUGUUCCCCUCCUCGCUCCCUCUCGCCGCGGACAUAGCCACCGCGACCCAGAUGACGCUGUACAGGGACUAGCAGCCUCCUCUCGUCCUAGGGCGGUUUGAGUCCAUGUUUUGUAGGGGUCAAGAAGAAGUGUAUAAUAUUGUCAAACUUUUAUACUUGGGUUGCAGGGCAGCUGCGAUGUCGUCCUCGUCUGUCAGCCUCUAACCGGCCUUUCCAUGUCCCUUCCUCGUCCCCAGCCAUGCCCAGACACCCCCCUGCUCUGCGUUCCCUGGGAGAGUUUUUUCUUCAGACCUUCUACCCUUUUGGAGGGACAGCGGGUUUGCAGCAAGGCCGUGGGGCAGAGGAGACCACGUCUCUCCAGACUCAGGGUUCCUGGGUUGUAGGCCUCGCUCUGCCCCUGGCCCCACUAAGUGCCCUUGGGACUCUCUUCUCCUCCCUAGGCCUCAGUUUCUCCAGCUCCCAAAUGAGGAGAGGGCUGGACUGGGUGGUCUCUUUGGGAUCCCUGGGUGCUGUGGCCUUGGCUUUCUUGGAAGGCUUGCAGGCAGCCACCCCGUCCUCCCUGUCCUCCCUCCCGCCUGUGUGUUCGCACAUCAGAUUCGCCAUGGGAAUGACGGGGUGGUGAUGUGUACUUUCCCCGGAUUCUAAUCCUACUCCCUCCGCAAGCAGCCCCGCUCUCUGGACACCGGUGGUCCUCAGCGCUGUGCAGGAGCUCCUCGGUGGCCUCCUCCCUGCUGUCAUCGGCUCACACCCUCCGCUCUGCCUCCGUCCGCCACAGGGCUGCCGAGCGUGACUGUGGGGCUGGUUUUCUGGGUCAGGAGCAGCCAUCUUUUCUCUGUGCAGCUGGGAUUUUGUCAGGACCGCCCUCCAGCCUCCGCGGGGAAAAAGCUACCGUGGGGGCAGGAGCCUGGUUUCACUGUCCGGCCCCUUCUCUGUCCCCCAGCCACCUCUUGCCCUGCUCUCUUCCUGCCUCUCAAGCCACUUCCUGUCCCUUCCUGUCCUGGCAGAUCCCUUUGACGAAUCUUUUUUCCUGCCCUAUACUUGGGAGCUGUGUCACCCACCUCCAUCGCCGGGGGGCCGAGCAGUCUCAGCUCUUACUGCAGGGGAGGA